AUGAACAAACUAUAUGUUGGGAAUCUAAGUCCUUCGGUCACUGUGGAGGACUUGCAGCAGCUCUUCGGGGAGAGGAAGCUGCCCGCGGCCGAGCAGGUCCUACUCAAAUCCGGCUAUGCCUUUGUGGACUUCCCCGACCAGAACGCGGCCGUGAGGGCUAUCGAGACUCUUUCGGGAAAAGCGGAAUUGCACGGCAAGGUGAUAGAGGUGGACUACUCUGUUCCCAAGAAGCUUAGGAGUCGGAAGAUUCAGAUCCGGAACAUUCCACCUCAUCUACAGUGGGAGGAUUUUGACGGCCUUCUUGCUCGUUAUGGUACUGUAGAAAAUGUGGAACAAGUCAACACCGACACAGAAACAGCAGUGGUGAAUGUCACGUACGCAACCAAGGAGGAAGCGAAAGAAGCCAUUGAGAAGUUGACCGGACAGCAGUGCGACGACUUCUCCUUCAGGGUGUCGUACAUCAUGGACCUGGACGCUGCUCCGCCCGUCCAGGCCGCCAGAGGUCGACGCGGCGGCCGCUCGUCACGGGACCAGGAGACCCCUCAGCCAGGACCCUCGGGGGGCUUUGGUGCCCCGCGGCCUAGGCAGCAGCAGGACUUUCCUUUGCGCAUGCUCGUGCCCACUCAGUUUGUGGGCGCCAUCAUCGGCAAAGAGGGACUCACCAUCAAGAAUGUCACCAAGCAGACACAGUCCAAAGUGGACAUCCAUCGAAAGGAAAACGCGGGCGCGGCCGAGAAGCCCAUCACCAUUCAUUCGUCUCCAGAGGGCUGCUCCUCGGCCUGCCGGAUGAUCCUGGACAUCAUGCAGAAGGAGGCCAACGAGACCAAGGCGCAAGAGGAGAUCCCUCUAAAACUCCUGGCCCACAACAGCUUGGUAGGCCGCCUCAUUGGGAAGGAGGGCCGCAACUUGAAGAAGAUUGAAGAGGAGACAGGGACCAAGAUAACCAUCUCCUCGUUACAAGACUUAACCAUUUACAACCCAGAAAGGACCAUCACAGUGAAGGGCAUCCUGGAAGCGCUUUGUAAAGCUGAAGCGGAGAUUAUGAAGAAACUGAGGGAAGCCUACGAGAACGACGUUGCUGCUAUUAAUCAACAGGCCAACCUGAUCCCAGGCUUGAACCUGAACGCUCUGGGCAUUUUCUCCUCCGGUCUGCCGGUGCUGCCCCCAGCUGCUGGACCUCGCGGCUCAGUCCCCCCAGUACCACAAGCAGGAUACAACCCAUUUUUAAGUCACUCUUCACAUCUCAGUGGCCUGUACGGGGUUCCUCCAGCAAGUGCCGUCCCCCACCAGCACUCAUGCCUUUGUCUCCAUCGACAGGCUCCAGAACAGGAGGUUGUCUACCUCUUUAUCCCAACUCAGUCAGUGGGAGCUCUCAUCGGGAAGAAAGGCCAGCACAUCAAGCAGCUUGCACACUUUGCCGGCGCAUCAAUCAAGAUCGCACCAGCUGACAGCCCCGACGUGACUGAAAGGAUGGUGAUCAUCACCGGGACGCCAGAGGCUCAGUUUAAGGCCCAGGGUCGAAUAUUUGGGAAACUAAAAGAAGAGAACUUCUUUUCUGGGAAGGAGGAAGUGAAACUGGAGACGCACAUCAAGGUUCCUUCCACUGCAGCCGGAAGGGUCAUUGGGAAAGGUGGCAAAACGGUGAAUGAGCUCCAGAAUCUUACCAGCGCUGAGGUCAUCGUACCGCGGGACCAAACUCCAGACGAGAAAGAUGAGGUGUUUGUGAAGAUCAGUGGACAUUUCUUUGCCAGUCAGACUGCACAGAGGAAAAUCCGGGAGAUCAUUCAGCAGGUCAAACAGCAGGAACACAAACACCAGCGAGGCGCCGCCAGUUCACCGCAACACUCCAAGUGA